AUGACUUACCCCGUCUACAAUCUCUGGAUCGACGGACAAGAACAGCCCGGGACUGCGGAGUUGAUCCCCAUCGAGAACCCGGCCAACGGUGAAGUCAUUGCUCACUGCCAUGCCGCUUCCGAAGAAGAUGUAGCCCGAACGGUCGAACUGGCCCAUAAUGCCUUCAAAUCCGGCGUCUGGUCAAGAGUUGAUCGCCACAAACGAGCCGACACACUCGAAGCCAUAGCGGCCCUUCUACAAGCCAAUUUACCCACUCUAAUCGACCUCGAAGCCCAACAGACAGGACGAGCGAUUCGAGAAAUGCGAGCACAAGUCCCCUCGCUGACGAAAUGGUUCAAAUACUACGCCUCGCUUAUUCGCACCGAAGAGCGGCCUGUGCUGCCUACGACUGGCAAGCUUCAUAACUGGAUCGACCGCAAGCCUCUUGGCGUCGUGGUGCAGAUCACGCCGUUUAAUCAUCCUCUGCUCAUCGCUGUUAAGAAGAUUGCUCCUGCUUUGGCGGCGGGGAACAGUGUCAUCUUGAAGCCUUCAGAGCUGACCCCUUUAACGUCGAUUCUGUUGGGGAAGCUCAUGAAAGAGGCCGGGCUGCCUGACGGUGUAUUCUCAGUCUUGCCAGGCUACGGUGCCACAACGGGCAAAGCGCUUGUAUCUCAUCCGCUGGUGAGAAAGGUGGAUGUCACUGGGGGUACGCCGUCAGGACGAGCGAUCGGCGCCAUCGCUGGAGGAAACCUGGCUAAGUUCACGGCUGAGCUAGGCGGCAAGGCACCGGUGAUAGUCACAAAGGAAGCGAACGUCGACCUUGCCGUGAACGGUGUGGCUUUCGGCUCAUUCAUGGCGAGUGGACAGACAUGCAUCGCAGCGACGAGGAUCAUCGUGGAGAACACCGUUCUGCUUGAAUGCGUUGAGAAGCUCACAGCCAAGGCCAGUUCUAUAGGAAGGAGAAUAGGCUCACCCGAGAACGCAGAUUCGAUGAUGGGACCUCUGAUAUCAGGCAAGCAACUUCAGAAUGUGACCGCCUUGGUGGACGACGCAGUCCAAAAGGGGGCAUCUGUCUUUACAGGUGGCAAGAGGAUGUCAGGCCAAUCACCUCUCGACGGCUUUGAUCUAUCGAAAGGCUACUUCUUCCCUCCAACUGUACUAGCAGAUGGGCCCGGAACGAAGAUUUUCGAUACACGAAUCUGGAAGGAGGAAGCCUUCGGACCAGUGAUUGUGGUUGUUGGGUUCGACGGAGAGGAAGAAGCUCUACGACUCGCGAAUGAUAGCGAAUUUGGUCUAGGGGCUGCGGUGUGGACGUCGGAUCUUCCGCAGGCGUAUCGUUUGUCGGAUGGUAUCGAGUCGGGAAUAUGCUGGAUCAACACACAUCAUCGCAACGACCCUAGUAGCCCGUGGGGAGGAGUUGGAAGCUCUGGUGUUGGUAGUGAGAACGGUGUCGAUGCGUACCAUGCCUACACCACGACUAAAAGCACCAUCAUCAACUAUGCUUCGGUCGAGGAAGGUCUUGCUAAUGACGACUGGUUCAGGGAAGGCAGUGGGGAUGUGCGAUAUGGUUAA